CUGAGAUGGUAAGAGAAACACAUCCCCAAAAGUGCAUCCAAAGAAGCUAAAGAGAAAUCAUUAAAUGAAAAGGAAGAGAUUGUGAUUUCAUGAUUAUAUUCCCACCAUUGGAUCUCUCUAUAAACAUCUCCUUAACCCCUUAUUUCUUAUCUCUUCUUUCUUCUGCUCUUCUUCAUUGUUUUCUUCACUUCAUGCACUUCAAAAGGGAGCAUCAAUGUCAAAUCCAGAGUUCCUCACCAAGGAUGACAAAGAGAGCGAUUUCCAGAUUCUGAAGAGACCCAUGUUGGAGUUCCAAACUGAGAACAUUGAAACCCUUUCAAGCAGUUAUUCCAACUCUAGGUAUUCACAAAGCAUCAAAGGUAGAGAUGAAGAGAGAGAAGAAAAUCGACAGAUCUGUAGAGUAACUCCAUCAUCAGAAGAAAAGGAAAAACUCAAAGAGGAGGAAGAUGAAGAAAAUGAUGGUUUCAAAACUCCAACUUCUUUGGACCACAAGAUUCUGGUGCCCUCUCAGUGCCCACCUGCACCAAGAAAAACCAAACCGUCUCUGAAAAGAAAAGCAUCUUGUUUCAACCACUGCAACUGCAGACACCCACUUGAUCUGUCAAAAGAGGUGUUCGAAUUAUUGUUCCCAGCCCAACAAAGCACCAAGAAAGUUCGAAGACAGGAUCACGAAUGAUGCAAUAAUUUUGGUGCAAAACCCACAUGCACCAUACAGUUUUUAGGAACGAUCAGUCUCUUAAAUUGAUUUAUGUAUCUCAAAAGAUUAGUUUCUAACUCCCAGUCAAGGAUACCCGGAUUCAACCACGAAAAUGGAACACAGUUUCCAUGUGCAUAGCUCAUAGCAGGUGCAAAAUUUUGGUCAGCAUCGUCGAUUUUCAUUCUGGUACGGUCAAUUGAUUUGUCUUGGACCUUUUGUCUGUUCCUGUUGAGAUCUCAUAAUUAGUAUAUAGAUAUAUAUAUAUUCUAAGAGCAAUUUGUUAAGGUGUAAGCCGAAAAGAUAAAGGGAUUUGAAAAGAUUAAUGUGAAGUUUGUGUGAAUGGCAGUUGUAGAAUUUCUAACUUUACCACUGUUCCGACCAGUUUACUUUUGUUCCAGUUAAGUUGUUGGUGCUGCAUGUUUAUGCACCGGCCAUGUUGUAAAGGAAGAGAAUCGAUUCUGAUAAGGUUUAUUUUGAACACAAAAAACAAAAUCAAGAUUCAUCUUAAUUAGUUAAAGUGUUGAGUUUGGUUAUCGUUUUCUUUCUGA